GAUGUAAAUCUACACCCUUCUUCCCUUACGAGAACACAAAGACAAGAGAAACAACGUGAACUGAUAUGGACGUGGAAAAUGGACAUAAUUUGGGUCCGCCGACCAAUGAUGUGAAAAAACCCUUUCUGAUAGGUGUUGCUGGUGGUACGGCUAGCGGAAAGUCAACCGUAUGCAAAAAAAUAAUGAUGGAGCUGGGGCAGGCGGAUAUGGAUCAUACUAAGAGACAAGUGGUGACCAUAAGUCAGGAUAGUUUUUAUCGGGAGUUGACGGCGGCGGAAGAGGCAAAAGCUUUUCAUGGACUCUACAAUUUCGACCAUCCCGAUGCUUUCAAUGAGCAAUUAAUAUAUGAAACUUUGGAGGCAAUUUUGAAAGGAUUUAAAGUGGAGAUACCAGGAUAUGAUUAUAAAACGAAUUCAUUAGAUCAUAAAAACAAAAUCACCAUCUAUCCAGCCGACGUGGUGCUUUUUGAAGGAAUUUUGGUCUUCUAUUUUCCCAAGAUAAGGGAUCUCUUCCAUAUGAAGUUAUUCGUUGACACAGAUUCUGAUACGCGUCUGGCUCGAAGAGUGCCACGUGAUAUCAAUGAGAGGGGUCGAGAUUUGGAUACCGUUCUGACACAGUACAUGACCUAUGUUAAGCCGGCUUUUGAAGAAUUCUGUUCACCGACAAAGAAAUUCGCCGACGUUAUUAUACCUCGUGGAGCAGAUAAUACAGUUGCAAUUGAUCUCAUUGUACGUCAUAUCGGUGAAAUCCUUAGGCCAGGUAGCUGUGCUAUAAAUAAUUCGGGUGCCACCAACAAUACAGCUAAUACACAUAUUACUACUGUUAACAAUUCAGCCACUACUACUGCAAGCAAUCAUGCUGCGUCCGCUAUGAUCAGGGAACAUUAAUUGCAUAUCUCACUGUUAUGAAACUUAACAGACGACGUGAAUCAUCGGAUUUUCCCUCCCCCCCUCCCUUACAGACACAAACCAAAACACACACACACACACACAUAUCCACACUUUAACUGAAACAUAUAAAUUAGCUUGUGUUGGCGAAGAUCAUGAUGCAGUCGCCCGUCACAUUUUGUCCUCCUAAAAAAUUGUUACCACCAUGCUGACCCUAAUACUAAACCACAUUUGUUUCUGUUAAGACAUUCUAAUGGCGACUACUUUUCGCAUUCCCUUCAAAUGUACUGCGCAAAUUUUUGGCACAAUACCCGAUUGUAGCUUGGACUUAAUGAAUAGUAACAGUUGCGGAAAUUCAAUGUGCAUUUCUAUCCUUACUGUUUCCAACAAUUCCAUAGUUGGUGUAGAUGUUAAGUUUUAUUUAAGAGCAAAAUAAAUAGUACGAUGAUCACUUAGUGGGUUGAGUAUGUACAAAAAAGGCA